CUCAGGAAGUGGGGAGCAAACAGCACAGCACAGUGGAGUGUGUAUGUACAAUGUAAUCACUGCUUCAAACUUAACUUUAGGAAAUAUCACUUGUAAAAAAUGGAAAACUCUAAAGAGGACUACAAGAUUCAGUCUUUCGACUUGGAGACCCAGAAGCUGCUGAAAACAGCCCUGAAAGAGCCCAGCACGGUGGACCUGGAGAAGGUGACCAAUGUCCUCGUGGACCAGUCUUUGAAGGACCGGGUCUUCAGCAAAGAGGCAGGACGCAUUUGCUACACUAUCGUUCAGGCUGAGGCCAAGCACAACAACGGAAACGUGUUCCGGCGAAAUCUGCUCAACCGGCUGCAGCUGGAGUUCGUGGCCCGGGAGGACACGCGGCUUCGCUCGCUGCAGGAGUGGGUCUGCUUCGUCACCUUCAUCUGCAACGUCUUCGACUACCUCAAGGUGAACAACAUGCCUAUGGUGGCUCUGGUGCAUCCUGUGUUUGACUGCCUGUUAAGGCUGGCUCAGCCCGACUCACUGAACAACGAGGAAGAGGUAGACUGCCUGGUGCUCCAGCUGCACCGCAUCGGGGACCAGCUGGAGAAGAUGGACGGACAGAAGAUGGACGAGCUCUUCUACCUGCUGCGGGAUGGCUUCCUACUGCAGGAGGGCCUGAGCUCCAUGGCCCGUCUUCUGCUACUGGAGAUCCUGGAGUUCAGAGCCGGGGGCUGGAUGCUCAGCGACACGGCCCAGAAAUACUACUACAGCGAAGUCACCGACUAGACUGAGGCUAGGCCAGGCUACAGUAGGUGGAUGGUGUUCAAUAGGAACAAAAUGGGAUUGAACGAGCUCGGGUUGGAAUCUCCCGUUUCGUGUUUACUGAAUGUGACCCUGAAUGAUAGUAUUGGGAGAGGGGCUGCAUAGUGGAUGAUUCCAGAAAGGACACUUUUUUUUGCUGGGCUUUGCCAUGGGGUAGCCACUAGUCAGUGUGGUUAGCAGCAGGGAUAUUUCCACUAGCCAGAUAGUCGGUUUGAAAUGUGCAAUUGUAAAUGGUUGUUAAAAGGUUUUUGUUGGCGAGAUGUGUAUUUGAAUUGGGUUGGUUUGAAGCAAGUUUGACUGAAUUUCAGGAUAUUUCGUGGGUUCGAUUUGCAGUUUUUACUCCAGUCAAAUUAUUUAUUGUUAAUCCCUUUGCUUUCUGACAUUCCAAUGUUAUGAGACAUUUCACUAUUGUACAUAAGUAGUUCAGAUACACAUUCCAGUCACGUGGGCUUGACCAUGAUUGAGUUAAUCUUAUAGAUCUUCUGCCAGUCGUUACUGAUACUGUUUUCAAAGGUGAUGAUCUUCGUUACUUUUUCUACAAAGAAUCUUGAGAGGUCUGCAGAACGUUUCGGGAGCUUAGACAUUCAUUAGGCCCAAGUGAAUGUAGGGAUCAAAUUAUGAUCUUACAAUCAAUGCUUUACAAAAUAGGCUGCUUUUACACAGACAGCCCAAUUCUGGUCUUUAUUUUGUUUUACCAGUAAUUGGUGUUUUUACCAAUCAGAUUAGCUCUUUUGCCAAUAAUUAGGCAAAAUAUCAGAGUUGGGCUGUCUGUCUAAAUACAGCCAUAGGGUCCAAAUCAAUUGUACAAAAUACUUUACAGUCAACGUUUGUUAUAAAAGCACCUGUUGUUUGAGUGGUAGAUUAAAAUGACUGAAAAGCAUUUUGGCUUGAGUUGAGGGAUUUUUGGGUCCACCCUGCUGCCAAUGACUCUUAAGCCUCUUUGUUUCCAUUAUGGUCAAAAAACACAUGACAAGAGAGGGUGACAAUUUGUUAUUAUUAGGAUUUGGGACCAAGAGAUUUGUCAAAAGUAAUUUAUAAUAUUUCCUUUCUGAAAAUAUCAAUAUAUUUUACUUUUUAUGGUCUGAAUCCUAGUUUCUGAAUUGUUAAUAUCACAAGUUUAUCUGAAAAAUAGUUUUGUAGUACAUGUGGUGCCAAUAUGGACAGCAAUAUCGUCAAAGCUGGAAGUUAUAGUCAGUUUUUGCUGAUUCUAAUAAGAACAACUAUUUUGCAGAUGUUUUUGUAUUCACAAGCCUCUGAGGUACUGUACCUCUUUUAAACGACAUAGUCCACACUUUGGUGCUACAAAAUGGAUGCUGGCUUUUUGCUUUCGGCUUGGGAAAACUGUGCACCACAAUGCAAACGUUUAUUCAGUUUGGAAGCUGAGAAUAUUACUGCAUUAUAGUGACUUUAAGUUCUGUCUGGCUGUUCACUACUCGUUGCUGUUAGAUUUUCAAAACAGUAGUACAUCUGAGAUUCAUUCCACCAGCACUAAGCUUUUACCAGGUUCACUUUAUAUAAGUCCACAUCUACUAGUUUUUGUAGUUCAGAAUAUGUAUGUUUUAUAAUGUUUACACUGUGUGCUGACCGAGUGCUUUAAUACGCUCACAAAACCAAACACGAUGAGUUGAGACAAGCAGCAGACUAUUUCUAGGUCUUGUUCCAAUAUCUUUAACAUUCAUCUAUCCUUCCUUCCUCAUAGUAAUCACUGAUCUAAUGUAAUACAUUGGAUUAUCUUUUUCCUAUCCUAGUUAUGUCAGCUCAGUGAUUACUGCAAGAAAGUGAGGGAGGCAUGGAGAAUGGUUGAUUAUUCCAGCAGGGCCAUUGACUGAAUGAAACUCUUUGAAGAGGGAAGAACCAUAUAAUUUUUUUGAAGAUAUGAUCACACAUAUUGUGUUAAUUAGUAGGCUAUUUUAGCAACCUCUUGGCCCUAGUGGACAGUUGUCGAAUAGAUUGAAACAUUUAUUUGGUAAUAGUAGUUGUGGAAUUGGAAUAGUAACACUUGGUUGACUGACACAACUUUUCUAUUGUUUGACAUUUAGUUCACUAGAUCAGUGUUUCUCAACAGUUUUCAUUCAAAACUGUGGUUCUCCUCAGUGUACAUUCAAAUUAAGAUAUUUUGGAGUACAUCUUAGAUAAAACGAGGCUGCGAAGCACUGCACUAAAAUAAACUUGGUUAUCCACUAGUUUGAGCAUAUUUGAUAGGGCCAUGAUGUUGAAAGAAGAGUAUUGAAGUAAAUGUGUAUAUGCUAUAGGGCCUAUUUAUUGCUACAUAAAGACCAAGUAUUCAGAAGAAACCUAAUUUGGACAGGAAGUGCAGCACUCACAAUUUGCCUACUAGUGGUUUGCGUACAUGCCUUUUUCUUUUUCACAGAAUUACCAAAUAAGUUUGAGCAUUUUGUACAUUUAUCUACUCAAGUAGAUAUAUAGAAAGUUUGAGUUUACUGCGUGAAGACAGAGCUCAGUGUAUUAUAUUUUCCUAUAAAUAUUCCCACUACUAUAGUAGGGUAUCUGAUGAUCUGUUCAAAUGUCAGAAGUACAAACAUUGGUCAAUUUCAUUUUUGCUACUGUUGUACAUUGACUGCAGAUGAAUAAAAAUCACAUUUAAAUAAAAUCGACCUGGGUUUUAA